AUGGCGCAGUUGGUGAUCGUGCAUCCAAGUUUCUGUGUUCCUGACCCCGUGGAUCUGCUGUUGGUGCGGGACGAGAUUGCGUCACAGUACGGUAACUUCGUUAUGGGUGACGUUAGCGGGAACACGCUGUUCAAGAUGGAGAAGCCGGGUUCUGGUCUUGGCAAGAAGAUGAUCUUGUUGGAUCGUUAUAGAGUUCCGGUCUUGACUAUGAAAGAGAAGACGAUGACAUUGCAUAACAGGUGGCAAAUAUUUAAAGGAGGGAGUACGGAAGAGUGUGAUUUGCUGUACACUGUGAAGAGACCGUCGAUGAUUCAGCGUACGACGAAACUUGAUGUAUUUUUGGGUCACAACAAUGAAGAGAAGACAUGCGAUUUCAAAGUCAAAGGGACUAAUUGGCUCGAACGCUCUUGGGUCGCCUACGAAGGUGAAUCUGACGUCAUUGUUGCCCAAUUUUUUUUUUUAAAUCGAAUGGUGUGUAUCUAUGUGACAGUUGCAGCACGAGAAGCACACUCGGCAGACCGCUUCAACGGGAAAGGACACUUUUUGGGUGACGGUUAA